AGGUUUCCGCUUCGCUGCGGGCAGCGGUGGCGGCUCCAUGCGGUCGGAGCGGGAGGCCGGGUCGGGGCUGAUGCGGGGCGGCGGCCGCGAGAAGUGGCCCAUGGACAUCCCGCUGCGGCGGGAAUCGCCGCGCCGCGAUCCGGACUCUUCGCUAAACCCGCCGCCGCCACCACCUUCCCCGCCUUCUCCGCUGCCGCCGCCGCUUCACCCGGCGCCGGGUAAACAGCGAGAUGAGAAAAAAACGGCUCUGAGCAAAGUAGUUAUUCGACGGCUUCCUCCUUGUCUAACUAAGGAGCAACUGGAGGAACAGCUACAUCCUCUACCUGCCCAUGAUUAUUUUGAGUUUUGCACUGCUGAUCCCAGCCUUUAUCCUCAUCUCUACUCAAGAGCAUAUAUUAACUUUAGAAAUCCUGAGGACAUCCUUCUUUUUAGAGAUCGCUUUGAUGGCUAUGUCUUCAUUGAUAAUAAAGGUUUGGAGUAUCCUGCAGUGGUUGAAUUUGCUCCAUUCCAGAAGAUUUCAAAAAAGAAACUGAAGAAGAAAGACGCCAAAGCCGGGAGCAUUGAAGACGAUCCAGAAUAUAGGAAAUUUUUAGAGAGUUAUUGUGCUGAUGAAGAGAAAAUCUGUGCCAGUCCUGAGAUUCUUUUGGGAGAGAUUGAGGCCAAAACAAGGGAACUCAUUGCUAGAAGAACAACACCCCUUUUGGAAUAUAUUAAAAAUAGAAAAUUAGAAAAGCAGAGAAUACGAGAAGAGAAAAGAGAGGAACGAAGGCGGAGAGAAUUGGAGAAGAAGCGUCUACGGGAGGAAGAGAAAAGGAAGCGCAGAGAAGAAGAAAGACGUAAAAGAAAAGAAGUGGAGAAGCAAAAGAAGAUUUCUGAAAAAGAAAUAAGAAUCAAGCUUCUUAAGAAGCCUGAAAAAGGAGAUGAGCUGGCCAGUGAAAAGCACAAAGAAAAAGGUGAAGAAGCUGACAUUGAAGAAAACAAAUGGGAUAAGUCACCUGGAUCUGGGAGUAUAAAAUCCAAAUCAUUGGAGGGUUCACUUAAAGAACUUAAGGAAAAGUCACAAAAUGAUAGUGACAAAGAGCAAAGAGAUUUGGAGAGAAGAUUUCGAGAAAAAGAACCUGAAAGACAAAGGUAUCGAUUGGAUGAUGGCAGAAAGCAUAGAGCUCACUAUGAGUUUGACAAGUUUGUGAGAAGGAAUGAAGAAGAGCUGAAAUGGGGGAAAGGAUACAACCAAGACAGAGGAAAGAAAGGGAACUACAACUACAGCUUCACUGUGGAGGCAGUAGACAAACUGGGUAAAGAGGACAAGUGUGAUGACAUGGCAUCCAAAAAGGAGCGCAUAAGAAAUAAGGAUCGGCCGGCCAUGCAGUUAUACCAGCCAGGAGCUCGCAUUCGAACACAUACGGGAUCUACAAGUAAAACCUAUGACUGCAGUGGGAAAUCCUUUGAAGAUGCUCUUGAUAAAAAGUAUGAGGCAGAUAAUUCAGCUGGAGGUGGUUCUGAGAAGAGCGAAGAAGCAGAAUAAAAGAAAUUGGAGGAAGGACUUGUGAAAAGGGGUGAACUUAAGAUUCAGUGUCAUCACAAAAAAUCCAUAGGGCUGUUUCAGAACUCCACAGGCGAUUGCACCAACGAAAUUAUAAUAGGUCUGCCUCUUACUUUCUAUAAAAUAAAGGGGAGAGUGAUAUAAAGUAUCUUACAGCAAAGGAAUAUAGUUGCUUUUUUACAAAAAGCAGAGCAAACACUAUUUGCCUAGUUUAAAAGCAGUUCAAUAUUUUAUUAGAUUUACCUUGAAAUAGAAAACCUCUGAUAGUUUUAAAGGAGUAUUUAUAUAAGACUUUUCAGAAGCUGUUUCAUCUUUUCAAGUCUAAAGAAAUGAACCGUAGAUUUGCAUCAGUUUGAAAUCUGAGGCACUUUAAAUGUUUGGUGCAUGACCAGAGGGUCACAGGACCCCUUCCUGCAAAUGGCAGCGGCAGGGAGUUGCAGUCGGACUCGGUGGGACGGGCCCCGGGAGGAAGCUCUGGAGCCAGUAGUGUUUGCAGGAGGAGGCCCACAGUUUGCACAUUUGUGAGAAAUGUCCGUUGGUAUCUGUACCUCAUUGUGUUUACAUUGUUUUUCAAUUAACUAUAAUGUCAGAUAAGUGUUAGUAAAGCUCCGAGUAUGUUGUUAGAGAGUUCGCCAUUUUCUAAGCCACUUUUGCCUUUUAUGUUUUAAUAGAUUCCUGGGCUUAAAACAGAAGAAAGCUAACGCAAACCUCAGCACUUAAACAAUAUAUCCAGUUUUAAUAAAUUAGCUGGUUUUUAUGGUUUUGACACUGACUUUUUAAAAAAAAAAAAGUGGUUGUACAGUGAUGACUUUUUAUAUGCUAAUGUUUCAUAUAAGUUGCAGUUGCAGGAUUUGGAAAAUGUAUGAUACAUAAACGUUCUGCAGUUCUAUUUGUUAAAAAAAUAAACACACAUGAAUGUCAAUUACCAUUUUGUAAGAUCUAGGCCAAAUUCUGCCCUCUUAUGCAGGCACAUAUAUAUAUGUGUGUGUGUGUGUGUAUGUAUAUGUAUAUAUUUCUUCCACUGGUUUCAGUGAUGGCCACGUGUUUACACAAGGGCAGGACAUGUUCAUUUGUCUUUCAUGGCUGAAAAUUUCUCAGUUACCUGAAACUGAGACUUGCUUUGUCACUGAAGUUAAAUAGUAAGACAUUAAUUUAUUUUUACAUUUUCUUUGAACGUUUUAUUAUUAAGCAUAACAUCUAAUUGUUCUAGACUGAAAAAUUAUUUCUUGUAUUUUCCCAGAUACUAAGCAUUAAAUAGUAUAAAAGCAAAAAGAUUUUGACUAUGAUUUUGAGAUGUAAUCUUCUGCAAUUUUUUCAUCUAUUACUCUAGGAAAAUUAAGUAAGAUGCUAUGCUACUUUGUAUUCUUCAGAAGCAGAUAAAAAUACAGUUGAGAACAAUUUUAAUAUCAAGCUAUGUCAGUGAGCUGCCAGCUAAAAUUACUUUAAGCUUAAAUAAAACUGCUGUUUGAGAAUCAUUUGGGUUUAGCUCCAUCUAAAGUUUAACUUGUUUGCCAAGUUUAUCCUGACUGCAGAGAAGGGAUUUUGUCUCGGCGUCCCGGCUGAGUCAGGUAGCGUUAGCAUGGGGCAGGCUUUGCCCUCAGUGAAAGAGCCCGGCUUGGUCUGAGGAGAAGGAGACUUGCCAGGAAAUUCUCCUGCAGUAGAGUUGGACAGGGCUGAGAUCUUCACCAGAUGAGGGUCUGCUCAAAAGCAAGUAUUUCCCACCUGUGUGGAUGCCCAGGGGAGGCUGGAGGAGGGGUCUCACCUGCAGUAAGGACCCCCAGGACCCAGGAAAGCCACGAUUUUGCACAUGCUCACAAACUCGAGCUUGAUACCUUUUGGCCAAUGUGGCCUUCAGGCUACUCCCCCACCUUCACCCAAGUGCCUAGAUUAUGGGUACCUCUUCAUAGCAUUAUAGGUAAUUAAUCACAGUUUAUUUAGCAGUAAUUUUCCAUUUGGGGCUUAUUUUCCAUAUCUUUUAGUUACCAGAGAUUGGAUGUCAAACCUUGACUCGGUAAGAACUGUCAAGGCUUAAGCAUCCAUAUCCGUCAGGUCAAGCUGCCAUGCCCUCGCUGACCGGGAUUCCUGCAGCCUCUUCACUUGUUUUUGCUUCCUUGUGAAUGCAGCUCCCUGCACAGGGUGGGCAGACAGCCUGCCUUUGACUUCGGUAUUCACAUGGAAGGAAUAUGCAAGACAUUCAGAUUUGGACGUGGAGAGAGUGCUCAUCGGUGUCUGCACCGCAGCUGCAACUCGAGGAGCCCCCACUGCCUGAUGGCUCAGCUGCGUUGCUCGAGGAAGUCUUGGGACAACCGCUGUUCUUCAGCAGCUAACAGGCAUCUAUUUCUCCUCCAUCUAAGGGGGCCAGCGGAAGGUACUGGCCACCAGCAGCAGGACGGGAGCAUUUCUGUAGCCUGCAAAUAAAUGCAGGCUUGCAGCCUGUCUUUGUGCAAACUCAGCGUGGCGUGAGAGCUUUAUUGCCACAGUAGUAACUUUGUUUUGCAAAUUCAGCUUUGCUGAAAGUAGAUAUAGCAUCCCUGCGGAAAGGGAAUUGUGUCUGGUUACAUCGCAGCUGACUUAGGUGCCAUCUGCUUUCUUGCUUUUAAAAUGAAUUUAAUA